GGGUUUUCUUUUACAUUACUCUGGUUCUAGUUUACGACUUAUACGAUCUUUUUAUAUAUUAUACAUGACCAUGAUGAAUUUACCUCCAGCUUGUACCUUUAUGUCUACUGUCGCUCAGAUGACCUUCCUUGCACGAUUUCCUGAGCAGCUCAAUGUGGGCGUCACCUAUGGGGAGCUAGCCUUUAAUAUUAACGGAGGUCCACCCCUGAAGAAUAGGCAACAAAAAUUCCUUUAAAAUUUUGGGCUGGCGGAGACUUAAGUACACGCUCCGUAUGGCCACCGCAUCGUGUACCUGUUGGUAGGGACUAAGGGAGGAGGGUGGAUGAUCAAUCUACCGGAGUUAGGUUUAGCUCAUACGCUGGUUGAGAAAGCUUAUAUAAGAAUGCGCUCUCUGUAGAACAUAGGACAGAUAUAGCUAAACCCGUUUCCUUGUACGGCGAACAGUUACCAAGAGUAGCCUAGGAGUAAGUAAGCAUCUGCCGGUUACGUCUGAAAUGAAGCCAAUCCAAUCUAUGAUUUUGACUGGUUAUUGACCUCGUACUAUACGAUUAAUAUGGUAAAAUAACAGUAUUGCCUUAUAAUUUGGCAAAACUUCAAUCAGUCACACAAU